AUGUUGGAAAAACCCCUUCUAGUAAUCAAGGGCAUCGGGUUCAUCUUUUCAUUUCUUCUCUCCGCCUUACGACGUUCUAUAGCUUUCCGUUUUAAGCUUAUAGGACACUCGAUGUUUUCUUCUAAAGCUUCGUCGACGGACCCUCAGAAGUCCAUAGUCAUCGUCGGCGCUUCCAUCGCGGGAUACUCCGCCGCAAGUACCAUUGCAAAGUACUUGCUACCUGAUUCCCCGUAUCGCGUCGUAGUGGUUGAGCCCCGCGAUCACUUCCAAUUUACUUGGGUCCUCCCCCGUUUCUGCGUCGUCGAAAGUCACGAGCACAAGGCCUUCAUUCCUUAUGGUCCCUACUUACCCAAGAAUGCGUUCAACGUAGAUGGUGGUAAGGUAUCCUGGGUCAAGGAUCGAGUUUCGAGUAUCACUAGAGAUGCGGUUCGCUUAGAGUCUACCGGUCAAGAGAUCCCGUAUGAGUACUUAGUCUUGGCGACCGGCGCGGGCGCCACGGAUACCCUGCCUAGUCGAGUGGGAACCGACACUAAGGCCCAGGGAAUGGAGUUCUUAAGAGAUAUGCAGAAGAAGAUUCGCGAUUCUAAGGAUCUGGUUGUCGUUGGAGGAGGCGCUGCUGGUGUUGAGCUAGCGACUGACGCCAAGAACCAUUACCCCGAUAAGAGAGUGGUUUUAGUACACUCUCGUGACGCUGUCAUGCACCGUUUCGGACCGAAGUUGCAGGCCGCUGCAUUUGACGGCAUCAAGGAUCUCGGAGUUGAGCUCAUCACCGGUGAUAGGGUGGUUCGAGAGGAUAAGGAGAGAGGUAUUGCUGUGUUGAGGAGUGGCAAAGAGAUUGCCUGCGACUUCUUGGUCAACUGCACAGGUCAAAGACCCGACUCUAAACUUCUAGCACAACUGAGCCCGGAGUCGAUAUCCGAUUCAGGCCACGUCCUCACCAAGUCCACCUUACAAAUUAAAGACGAAUCGCUACCCAAUAUCUACGCCUGCGGCGAUGUAUCCGACACUAACACGGCGCACCCUAACUCUCGAUCCGCAAGACGCCAAGCUACAACUGUGGCAUACAACGUGCUCGCCGGUGUAGAAGGGAAGAAGCCUAGCGAGAUCUAUGAACCCCACUGGAUGGAUGGAGUGAUCAAGCUGACAUUGGGACUUCAUAAGUCAGUAACAAACAUUGGCGACGAUCAUACCGAAUUCAUAAAGCCGAUAGAGGACAAGGACGUCGCUCUUAUGUCUGCGGGUGCUUGGAAGAAGCUAGGGGCUAAGCCAUUCGAGGAUGACGAAUCCGAAUUCUUGAGCAAAGUCCAGUCUAAGAUUUAA